AUGGCACGGAAUCCGUUGAUGACUUUGGUCUACUACAGCAUAGCGAUGGUAACGCUGCCGAUCGCCGCCUACUUCUUGUCGAGACCUGUAUUUGAAACGUUCACUCAAUCGGCAAACAUCUAUUCAGCCAUCGCUGCCGUCGUUGUCGUUCACAUUAUACUCUUUGGAUUCGUUUACAUCGCUUAUAAUGAGGACAAAAACUUGACACAAACCGACAAAACGGCCAAAAGUGCCGCAAAAACUGAUUAA